AGGGCGAGGAAACCUGUGGUCAUGGGGUCCAUGCCCGCCUCUGGAAUUUAGAGAACCUGACACUAAAAUUGAUCUCGAACCCAGUCUUUAUUAUAAAAAACGUCAGUCGCUCAUCAACAACAAAUACGUUCCACCAUUGAAGGAGGCUGAGGUACUCAUAGGAAAAUUGGCUAGACUUGUAUACGAAGAAUGCGAUGUCGGUCUUCGACAUUUAAUCGAACAAACCAAUGAGGGUCCGCCGUAUGGGGACAUGUGGGAUUCCCCAAGCGAUUUGAUUAAGGAGAAAUAUGUAUUGAAAUCUCCGCCAACCAAACGACAUAUGAAAGAUUUAAACCAUGCUGGAAUAAUGGCCAUCGGUGGGCGUAUAGAACAGAAGUUUCUGAGACACAUGUACAAGGAGAGAGAGCAGGCACUAAGAAAUCAGGGACAGCAGUUAUUAGAUGCCUUUGAGAAGAGCAUAGAAGACCAACUCAAUGAGGCUAAAAACAAAGAAAGAAUAAUUUGUGCGGAAAAAGCAGAAGAAUUCAUGAAAACGUUCCAACAGAAAAUGGCGUUAGAACUGAAAAAAAUUAAAAAGAAAAUAAAGAAAGACUACGGAGGAAUGACAACAGACCAGAACACCGUUAUAAAGCAAGGCUGGAAGGCCAAAAUAAAAGAAGCGAUCAAACAGACCACCAACAACAUUACAACACACUUUUUGGAAGAGCUUUGUCGACAGGAAGAAAUGAUGGCGAUAAGUUUGAAGAGUGAACUUACGAAAUGCGAGAUAGAGAGGAAAUUCAUAAUCGAAAAAGGACAACAGGAAUUCAAAUUGAAACUGAAAAUGAUGAAACAUCAUCUAGAAUGCCAAAAUAUAACCAAUAUGAUGUACAUUUUGUGUAUGGAGAGGCAUAAAUGUGUAGAGGAAGCUGAAGCAUUGAAGAAGAACUAUAAAGAAGGAAUACGUGAAUCCAUGAAGGUGGUUACGAAAAACAAGGAAAGAUUAGCGAAAAUGAAAAAUGACAUUAACCAGUUACUACGGGAAUUGAAGCUUCGCGAAACCUGCAUCUUGGAGGUCCUCAAGCAGUACCAAAACUUCAUUAAAGUAGCCCUUAAACAGGCCCCAGUCCACGCCAAGUUUCUACUUUCUAUAGAAAAACUGUUGCUGUUUGAGUUAACUGAAACCCUAUCCAAAAUUAAACCUUGCACGAAGAGUUUUUUUGCCUUCAUCGGUGUCUACCACAGAGACAGAAGUAUCGCAGUUAGCCAGCGAUGUUGCUGAAGACAGCGGAGAGGAGUCCGUUAUUAAAUUAAAAAAAGAAGAACCGCAUUUCGUUUUUGAUAAUAAAUUGUAUGUAAAAGAGGAUUUCAAUAAAUUUAAGGAAUUGGUUGCUAAAACGUUAGGCGACCCCAAGGACAAAUUAUGGGGCGAAGAUGCUGAGUUAUAUAUUAAAACUCUCAAGGAAAGCGUUCCUGGGCUAAAAAUUACAAAUUCAAAGUUGCUCGCUUUAAGCAAGCUAGUGUUUCCAGAUAAAGACAAUAAGACUAUAUCCCACCGAAGUUCGUUUAUUGAAUUCAAAUUAACUCCAGAAUCGCAACCUUGUUAUGAUUUGAUGAAAGAAGUACCGUUAAACGAUGCUUAUCGUCUUAGAAAAUUGAAAAACACCUACAAAUCUCUUAAAUAUAUAAAGCCUAUCAACGAACUUAUAUCGCCUAUUGACUAUUCGAAACUUGGAUUGAGCGAAAAAAAUCCAAGUCUUUUGGCGUCCACGGACUCAACAGAAAUGUUUACGAUAAAAGGUCCACCUCAACGACGUUCGUCCAAAAAUGUUAUAAAAGAAAAUGGACAUACAGCUAAAGAAGAAGAUGAAGAAAAAGAAAUACAAAUGAAAUCGUAUAGAGGCAGUUUGGAACACGCUGAUCAGAGUAGCCAGAAGAAAAACGAUUCGGAAAUAAUUAUAGAUGUAAAAAAGAAUCCGCUUUCUAAAGAAAGAAGCGGAAACCUGCCACUGGAAAUACGAGACUCCAUGAUUCUACGUCAAACUUCGCUGAUAAAGCAACGAUGUAGAAGCUUUUCUCUCACCCCAAAGGAUUCGAUAGACGUUAAGAACGAAUCUGAACUAUCAGCUGUGUUGAGAAAACAUUCGUCGAAACUGAUAUCUACAAGAGAUUCUGUAGCUUAUCUGAAGGAAUCCAAAUUGGCACUGCUAUCAGCAGGAGUAUGUAAUAUUUGCCAUCACAGAAACGCUCUCAGGCAUUACGAUAAAGAUUACUGUUGUGAAAAAUGUUUGAAAGAAAUAAGCGAAGACAAAAUGAGCCUUCGUCAAGGUAAAAAUGAAAAUGAAAAAUCAGAUCCUUCUGGUAUGGAUCAACCGAAGCAAUUGAAAUUGUCGCACGUUGAAGUCAUCGAAAUGGAUCAAGUCUCAACUAAGAACGUAAUUGUCGUACCUGAACCCACUGUCAUCGAUUCUGACAACUCGCUUAUAAUGGGAACAGGGAAACAUUUUAAGCCUGCCAGGAAACCCAAAGAGAAUAAAAGUAAAGUGAAGGUGGACCCCUGCCAGAAUCUAUACAAACCAUCAGCAGAAAUCGAAGGAGAUAAAACAAAUAAAGAAUACUUGCAAAAUAAUAAUGAAUUCACUAAAGAUAGAGUUCGAUCGUUUAUCAAAAUUAUGGAUUCUCAUCCUAAUCUUAUUAAAUUAUUCACUUCUUGUCAACAAUGA